CGGCGAUAGUUGUAAUCCCGGCAUUCAUGGUGUUGCCCUGCAAAACAUUGAGCUUGGCGAUGCAGACAAUGAUAGGUUAACUUGGAGUCUAAUUACUCUCCACCAUCUCCAUUGUACAUAUUCAUCCAGGUUUUUGAUGGUACAGGCGCUUGGGGGGAGACAUGGAAGCCUUGAUGGUAAGGCUUCCAACGUUCUGCCAGCCCUUCUUGAGAAGAGAGACGAGGUAGUUGAUGGCCAGCAUGAUGUUGGCGACGAGCUGCUCCUGUGUCAUCUCGACGUUGCCGACGGCGACACCCAUGCAGAGAACCUUCUUGAGCUGGAACUUGAUGGUGGACUUGACCUCGUUGAUGCGGCCAGUCAGGUCGUCGGCGUGAGAGACGGGAGUGGGGAACUUGCCGGCCUUGGACAGACCAGGACCCAAGAGACGGGGGAUCUGCUUGAUGAGAGCCUCGGAGGCAACGAAGGCGUCGUACUUGCGGGCAAGCUUCUUGAUGAGCUUCUUGUUCUUGUUGAGCUUCUUCAAGUCAUCAGCGGACAUGGCGUCAACACCACCGUGCUUGGCACGAUCGAUAUCGUGCUGGUCACCGAGAAUGCUGUCAAUUUGUUAGCCUCCAAUUCUCUUGGCUCUGUCGAUUCUUCGGCCGUACCAGAUGGACAUGUUGGGUCGGGGGAUGGAGGGCAGGCGGAUGGUGCCAGAGAAACGCUUGUCACGCUGAGGGUCAUAGUUCUUCAGGCCGAUCUGAAGCUCAACAGUCUCAAGGAAGUUACGCUUCUUGGUCUCGUUGGAGUACUCCAAGAGCUCUCCGACUUGCGUCCGGACAUUAGCUGCAUCGCCGUUAGCAUUCUUGCGGUGUCUUGUUAUUGUACUGUAACUCCUCGUGUGAGUUCAGUCUCCUCCGGGAUAUAUCGUACCGACUGUGAUCUUCGACAUCUUGACAGUCUCCCAAUAGAUAGCUGUAUAAUCUAAUGGUGGUCAGGGCGAGUUGGGUUAGGAAAUCAGAAAUUCUGAGCGCAGUUGAUUUUUGGUGCAAAAUUAGAAAGUGCGCCCCGACGGAAGGUGGGGCGCCUUCCAGGGCAAAAUUUUCUCACGGGAUCCUUCACGUGAUAUCUCAUCGAAGGUGUACCUAAGGUAAGUACCUACCUAACCUAUGGCACUUUAGGUUGUCGAAGAGAUCAAGCUUUGACGACGGCUUCAAGGCGUGGUAGAUUUAUGAACCAAGUUAAGUACCGGCCAGUUUCCUUGGUAAUUGUCUUUGUCUGAAAUACGACGUCGAAAUUACAAGUCGUCGUAUCCACGCUCUUCAAAACCCAUCAAGAUGAAAGACACGGCUCAACAGGUUGACGACUUAAUCGCCAACUCGAAUCACAUCUCUAAAUGGGUCGAGGAACAGUCAAGUGAAGAACAGUCAAGUUGGGCCCAAUCGAUAUUCACAAGACUCCUCGAAAGUGCUUCUCAGCCAAGAGGUGCUUCAGGCAACUCAUGCGUGAAACUCUGCGGUUUUGUUGAGCAGUCGUCAAAAUCGCAGUCACAGAGUCUCAAACUCUGGGCCUAUUCUAGGGAUGUUACUAUACAACUCUUCAAUUUUUAUGUUGAAUGGAACGAGUCAGACAACCAUCGGUCAAUGAAACUGGUUCUCGACCUGCUCCCUCAGCUCAUCAGGAGGAAUCCGGAUGAGAAAACUGGCCAAGAAACCAAGUCUACCAUCUUGGACAAUCUUGUCUCGAUUGUGACUGGGAAAUCAUCAAAACCGCUGGCCAAAUCUGCUAUAAAGGCAUUGGACCAUCUCCUUGCCAAGGACAUUGUCACCCUGGAUGAGAUACGGUCCAGCUAUGUCACUCUUCAACAAAAGGACACAUCAAAAAACCCCUUGGAAGUCUGGAAGUCUUUCAUUUUUGAAUUGUUCCAUUGGAUGACGCUUCACUUUGUCUGCCCUACUGCUGGAAGGUUUAUUGUCUGCGUAUACCGCGGUCUUAGAAGCCAAGACCAACGAGAAACUUCAGGACAGUUGAGCAUUGAGACUUGGCACAGAUGGCUGCUUGAGGCCAUAAACGAGGAGCCAUCCAUUCUAGAACCAGCCAAAAACUAUAUCUUCCUCCCUCUGUUCAAGGCGGAUAAGUCUGAAGCCCUGGGUUUCUUGAAGAGAAUGAAUGAACAUGAGGCUGUCUCUGCAGGUCAUGAGAUAGAUAUCAAUCUCCCGGCUCUGCUACAGCUGGCAGCGUUAGAGAUCGGCAAGAAGGUUGGCUUAGUAGAAGAGCCCGCACUCGGCGAUGAUAAAUCUGCCAAUAGCGACUCAUCGAUUGUGCUCGACGAGAAGGUUCUAGAGAGUGUCCUGGCCCAUCCAUCUCACGAAGUUCGCUCUCUCGCACUUUCACUACUCAUGAGCUCUCCAUCAACGACAAGGCCAUAUUCAUCCACAGCCCUUGACCUACUCCGCAAGCAUCUCGCCACAUACUUUGCCGAUUCAGAUGCCAAGUUCAGAAAUGAAGUAGCCGGAAAGGUUCGAGACAUGUUCAGAAGGGUCAGGGGUGCCAUCUUCGUGCUCAAGAAGAGCAUCCCAAGAGCCGCCGCCCGUAAGCAAAAGGAACAGCCAGGCCAGGUCCAGGAGCAACAUAUCCUUUAUCGGACCAACCUUAUAUCUCUCCCCGAAGCUCAACUGGUGCACUGCCUGGAGUAUCACGAGAAGUUCCUAUUCUGGUACAUUGGCUUCUUGUGUAGUGAGCUAACACCUACUGCUUCUUAUCAGCGACAUAGUGCUUCUCUCAAGGCCGUCACUUUCAUUCUUCGAAUGGAAGGAGAAAAGUCCAAAACGUGGGAGACUGCAGAUGACCAGACACUAUUCUUUGAUCAGUUUGGCAGCUCAUGGCUCCGAGCUUUGUCUGACCUGAUCAUGGAUCCCUUUGAUGACAUUCGAAGUCAUGCUGCCACGGUACUCAGAUGGAUUUUUUCGGAUAGCCGGUACAGGAACUUCUACCUGAUGGCCCAGCAAGGCAAACCAAAUCCCACCGAAGAGCUUACAGAACUUCUGAGACGGACUGAAGAGCUUGCUCGCAAGACUGCUCGAGCUGAUCAUUCAGACGGUGUCGCUAGAGUAUCUCAGCUACUGUAUAGGCUCGCUGAAAAUGAGCAACAUCGAGUCGCACUUCUUUCAAAGCUGAUAGGAGGCCUGGAAGCGAGGCUAGUAGUCGCCGAGAAGGAUCUCGGCAGAGCGGUUCUAGAUGCGCCGCUGCACGGUGAUUUUGCUUCCCUGUGCUACAUGUGGCAGGUGGUUUCAGAGCUUCAGUUUUCUGAAGGCGAGUUACAGUCCGUACAGGCUCUGCAAGACGCUCUAGUCACUUGCUGCGAAAGAGUCUGGGCAGCAGUCCGCGACAUUCUCUGUGAUGACUCGCCCGAAGGCCAUUUGCCCCAGGAGCUAGAAGAGGUUGAUGGACUUGACACCAAAGAUGUGUUGAGCUACAGCUUCCGAUCUGUACAUGAAGCCAGCAAUCUUAUGCGCAUCAUUAUCCUCUCUAUCAAGCAACACUCCCGCCAAGGCAGAAUCUGCCCGUCAAAGAAAGCUUAUGAAAGAAUAGGGAACUUAUCCUUUACCCAACUAGCCAGUCUAAGACACCGCGGCGCUUUUACGACCGUCGCCCUUACUUUCUCUACAUGCUGCCAACUUGUUAAGCACCUAGACCAAGCUAAAGCUGGCGCUGAGGGUGGUACUACUCUUCUUGAGCAGUGGUAUGCGGGCACGUUAGAAGCCAUCAACGCUCAGGUAUCGACCACUCGGCGAUCUGCCGGUAUCCCUGCCAUGAUGACAGGCGUCUUAUCCGCCAAUGCGCCUAAUCCUUCCUUUGAACAAGUCAUGAACAAGCUCAUGGAGAUCGCCAGCCAAGAAGCCCGCGUCACUGAGACAGACGGUUCGAAUCUGCCCCAGGUCCAUGCUUAUAAUUGCCUGAAGGAGAUCUUCAAGAGCUCCUACUUGACAGCCAUGGGCAACAAGUCUGAGAAAUUCUUACCGCAGUGCCUCGAGCUGGCAGCCAAUGGCCUCAAGUCUGAACUAUGGGCCAUCCGUAACUGCGGCUUGAUUCUACUCCGAAGUCUCAUUGACUGUCUCUUUGGAUCCCAUCAGAGCAAAGCACUCAUGGAAGCAGGCUGGGAUGGUAAAGCCAACCGGAUCGCCUACCACCGAUACCCUUCCCUUCCAAGGACUCUCCUCCACCUUCUGAAGUCAGGCCACCAGAUGAUGGCGUCCAUUGCUGCCAGUUCAGCUGCGGCCGAGUCAGUCUUCCCAGCCCUUGACAUCAUUCGAAGAGCCGGUCCCCCUGAGGUACUUCGUGAAGAGCUUCAGAUACAUAUCGCAAAGUAUCUAGCCAGCCCGGUGUGGCACGUCCGCGAGAUUGCAGCCCGAACUCUAUGCUCGUGUCUCCUGCACGCUAAAUGGCUCGAUACUAUCACCAGUAUUGCCGCUGAGUCUGUUCGCUCUCAAAUCGGGAAUGUUCAGAACCAUGUCCAUGGCGUUCUGCUGGCACUAAAGUAUAUCGUUGAUCGGUUGAGCGAGGUUAUGCCUGAGCAGUUGCAACACGACAUCCCCAAGCUCUCCGGUUUUCUCAUUGAGUACUGGCGCGAAAUCCAGGCCUUGGACUCACCUGAAAUUCCUGCCGCGUAUCUUGAGGUCGCAAAUCUUGUACGAGCUCUCCCCAGGCCCGGGUCAAUUGAUCCUAUCCAACUCGAAUUCCCUACCUCCAACAACCGAGAGGGGGCUCUACUCAGGGCACAGAGGGUAAUCCACGAAGUCCACUCCAUCGCCGAGGGUAGUGGCCCCAUCGAAAACCUCAACACCUUAUUCCUGAGCAAGACCAUGGGCGUCAACACGAUAGUGGCUGGCCUUGAGACAGUUCCUAAGCUUUGGGACAUUUCUCGCCUCUCAGAGCAAGACGUGGGCAAGUUCUGCAACCUGUACCGCGAUGUUUGUGUCAAGAUUGGACCCGUUGAGCCUCGUGUUAUUGCUCUGCAGAACCUCACAGAGAUCCUGGACCAGGUUCUAAAGAGUGGAAAUAUCAGCCUCGUUUCACCGGAUCUGCUUCUGGAGGUUUGGAGCAGCCUGCCACUGAGUUCUAUCAACCCAGCCCUUGCCAACGCGGUAAUCAGAAUCAGUGGCUGUAUCAUCGCCAUCCUCAGUAGAGCACAGGUUGUCACCCCAGAGGGAAUCAAGAACUGGGGACAUAUGAUGGCCGAUGCCGGUCUGGAUGACAAGGAUUUUGAUACUCGUCUCGCUACAGUCGAAUCACUCUGCUCAUUCUUUUCCAUCAUUGAGGUAGGCCAACCAUGGACUCAAGAAGAACACAUUGCAGCUAUCCUCGCUCUCUAUGACUCCCUCAACGAUGACGACGACGAUAUUCGAGACGUGGGAUCCGCAGCAGUCCAGAGCAUUCUAGGUAAAGCUCUUGUACCUAUCGAAGCGGCAAAUCGUCUUCUCUUAUGGCUAGCCCAGCACUACGCUGGUAGCCCAACGUUCCGCCAGGUCGUUGUGCGCCGGAUCAUGGGUGACUCUCGGUACCCAACCCCCAAGAACAACGCGGUCUCUAUUCAGGACCAGCUGCAGGAGGCAAUGAAGUUUGAUGAUUCACUCUUUGUCAUUGAGGAGCAGAACUUGUUCGUGGAUGAGGUCAGAGAGACACAGCGCUGGAUUGCUCUCUACGAGAACCUGACAUGGGAGUCUAAUGACCCUUCUCUCGACUCACUUACGACAUGGACCAGUGCCGGGUUAGAAGCAAUGCAGAAUCUCGCGAGCCAAGAAGACGGACCUCUUGGAUAUGCGUCAAAACCUGAGGUCUUCGCCAUCUUAUCACGGGUUGUUCGUGCUUCCGCAGCGAUAGCAAGAAAACAGCCUGAUUCUGGUCUCUGUGAGAGGAUCAACAAGUCAGGCAGUGUUGUGCAAGACGGCCUGGGACAUAUGUCAGGUCUUUUGUUACAGUCUUUCUAGGAAACUUCACAAACAAAGAGAUAAGCCUGCAAGUAAAACAAGAAAAGAGAAAAGUAAUGAUUUAAUGCUAUUCAUGAUUUAUUGAAAAACGAGCUCCCCUGACGCCUCGCAGUAGAAUAACGGCCGUAACACGUGUGCGGUAUGUGAAUAAUAGUAGUUUUUAUGAGCAACUCCCCCCCCCUUUCCUCUCCUGACUAAGUCAAUACUUUCCAACAUGGUAUCUCAAACUUCUGUGUGGGCUCUUUGAAUGCUCUUAAUGGACGGUGAUGGAGAACCUGGACUGUCCAGCAGCCCGUUCUUACCAAGCUUGCGGACAAGCAUCGUAUUCUGUGCCUGCAACUCGCCAACCUGUCCUUCAAGGAGCUCGAUCUGACGACGAGCAACAUCUCGCUCUGCACGAAUGCGCUCAAGUUCAAGUGAGAGGUUGUUCUUCUCUUCCUGCUCGGCUGCUUUGCGACGUCGCUCUUCAGCCUUACGCUGGUCCCGCUCACGUUUCUCCUCGAGCUUGCGCAUCUCGCGGCGAUACUUCUCUUCCUGCUUAGCCACCUCCUUUUCAUGCUUCUCACGCAACUUGGCCAGUGUAGCAGCGUCCUUCUCCUUGUCCCCAAGAAGCUUGCUCUGUCGCCGCUCCUCAAGACGAGCCAUCUUCUCAUCAAGCUUUUUCUUCUUUUGUUCGAGCUUCUUGAGUUCCUUAUCGGCUAGUGACUGCUGUGAUUGCUGCGGGUUGGAGCGGGAAGUCUCCGAUUGGGACUCAACAAGACUAUCAGGGGAUUUGUUCUCGGCAGUCACACUCUUCUCAAGGGCUGACGCAAAGCUUCUGAUGGAGGAGGUGUCGCUAUCGUCAUCAUGUUGCUCCUCAGCAAUCGCGUGAGUGUCGGACACACUCCCAUCAGUGGACACGAAAUCAGAACCAGUUCCCCAGGUCUUGAGCAGGCUUGUAGGAAUAUAGGAACUGGCAGCCCCUAUAGCACCAGCUAUGACACCAUACAGCCCAUUACUGCCCGGGAAAGGGUCGUCUUGGUUUGGAGACAUGGCAGUUUCAGCCUUGGUGUUUUCAAGAUUAGCAGUAGGGUUCGGCGGAGCCGUGGACUUUGCAUCGUUCGUUAUAGAUUCUUCAGUGACGUCAGUAGUCUUAUUUGCUUCGCCAGUCUCUUCCGGCUCAGCAAAUCCAUGCAUAGCCUUCGACGUCACCCACUUAAGGAACUUGCCAGCAUCACCCACGAUGCCUGGUGGUGUCCCCUUCUCGAUAAGAAAGCGCGGGACGCUGCCGCCAGGGUCACUACGAGUCACCAUGAGCCAUUCGACAGCCGUGGCAGGUUCGUCGAGUGGCAUUGAACCGUGGCCCUCGCUGCCAGGUUUUGGGCUUGCUAUCCUCCCCUCGUCUCGAUUCAGGAGAUCGGCCGACGACAGGGA